AAAAGACGGUGAUAUUUGUUUCGUUAUGGCUGAUAAUUGCCUCAACAUGGAUGUUAAACUUUACCACCGCAGCUGAGGACGAGGAGCCACAUUGCAUUUGGUAUGGCCAGAGUCACGCGGUUGGGCAGCAUUGGCUUAAUAAAGCUGUCAAUAGUCCACCGCAACCAUUGAAUGAUACCAGCGCUGAAGCGAUUUUUAAACGACGCUGCCCACUUUGGUAUGCUGAAUACAAGUCUUCGGACCCCGAUGAGCCUCUCAUGCUCUGCUGUGACGCUGCUCAGCUGCGCACAAUGGAAUCGGGUUUAUCACAAAUCGACGGUGUCUUCUCCCGCUGUCCCACUUGCGUUUACAAUAUGGCCUACUCAAUUUGUGGCUUGACCUGCGCGCAGAAUCAUAGCCUCUUUUUGGUACCCUAUAAUGAGACGUACGAUGACCAUGAAUAUAUUGAGGAAAUCGAUUACCGUAUCGAUGAUGCGUCCGUAGAGCUAGUCUACGAUAGUUGCGCGGUUCAACACACACAGACGGGUCGUCCAGCCAUGGAUCUAGCAUGUGGCGCAUAUAACGCAAAGACCUGCGAUCAUCGCAAAUGGUACAUCUUCAUGGGUGACCCAACUUUGAGUGAUUAUGUACCAUUCCCCAUAAAUUACGAGUUUUUAAAUGAAACAAGCGAGCUACCACGUCUGGUUGUACCAGCGAAAAAUUGUUCGGAAGCCUAUGACGGCACAUUUGCGUGCUCAUGUGUUGAUUGCAGUGCCUCCUGUCCCUAUAUGGACGCUCCUACUGGGCAGGCAGAAAGCUAUAUGAUAGCCGGACUUUAUGGAAUUACUUUCAUAGUCUCGCUCGUAUUCGGCGCCCUCGUCAUGGUGUUCAUACUUUGCGGCUCACUGAAUAUCUGCAAACCGAAAAUCAAGAUGUCAAGCUGUUGUGCGGGUUUUAGCUGCGUGAAUACUAUACUCUCUAAGAGUUUUCGUGCUUGGGGAUAUUUCUGUGCAAAAAAUCCCGUACUUAUUUUGGCAAUUUGUUCCUGGGUGAUUGGGGGACUAUCCUAUGGCAUGAGAUACGUAAGUGUCACCACAGACCCAAUUGAGCUUUGGGCUAGCGAAGAUAGUCAAACACGUUUGGAAAAAGAUUACUUUGAUGAACGUUUCGGACCCUUCUAUCGCACCAAUCAGAUAUUCUUCAAACCCAUUAACCAAUCGAGUUUCACGCACAACACAUCAACGGGCAUAUUGACAUUUGGGCCAGCAUUCGAAAAAAGUUUCCUAAAAGAGGUCUUCACGUUGCAACAACAAAUUGAAGCAAUAACCACAGAAACCGGUGUUACAUUAGCCGAUGUUUGCUAUGCGCCUAUGUUAUAUACCGGAGUGGAAGCGACCACUGAUGAUUGCUUGGUGCAAUCCAUUUUUGGCUACUUCCAAAAUAAUAUGGAUGAGUUUGAUUUAGAGUAUGUAGAUUCAGAUGGUUACACUAACAACUAUCUUAAUCAACUUGAGGAUUGCCUCCGAGUUCCAAUGUUGGAGUCUUGUUAUGGCCCUUAUGGCGGUCCCAUUGAACCUGGUAUUUCUGUAGGCGGCAUGCCGAAAGUUUCAGCUAGUGAAGAUCCGGAUUAUCAGCUUGCCACUGGCGUGGUGGUAACGUUUGUCGGCAAAAACCGUCGCACCGAACAACAGCUCCAGCCCAAUAUGGAGUGGGAGAAAACCUUCAUCGACUUUCUCAAAAAUUAUACCAGCGACAAAAUGGAAUUUGCCUUUUCCGCCGAAAGAUCCAUCCAGGACGCAAUUGUUGAGCUUUCGGAAGGUGAAGUUUCUACUGUUGUAAUUAGCUAUGUUGUUAUGUUUGUCUACGUCGCCAUUGCAUUGGGUAAAAUACGCAGUUGUGCUGGUUUCUUCCGUGAAUCGAAAAUAGUACUCGCCAUCGCCGGUAUUAUCGUCGUUUUGGCUUCGGUCGUUUGCAGUUUGGGCUUCUGGAGUUACUUGAACGUCACAACUACAAUGCUCGCCAUUGAGGUGAUACCGUUUUUGGUGUUGGCCGUUGGUGUGGAUAAUAUUUUCAUUAUGGUGCACGCCUAUCACCGUUUAGAUAGGAAGCAGUAUAAUAGUGUAGCCGAAGCGAUUGGCGAGGCGAUGGCGCGUGUCGGUCCGUCGAUUCUACAGACUGCUGGUUCAGAGUUUGCCUGUUUCGCCAUAGGUGCCAUAUCGGAUAUGCCAGCGGUUAAGACCUUCGCUAUGUACGCAGCGGCAGCUAUUUUGCUAAAUUUCCUCUUUCAGCUUACGGCAUUUGUCGCUUUCAUGGCCUUGGAUGAGCGUCGUUUGGAAAAUGGACGUUUUGAUCUUUUAUGUUGCAUUAAAACUUCGAAAAAGCCUGAAUUGAGUGAUGGUCAAGAUGUUGGUGUAUUAGAGAAGGUUUUCAGGAACUUCUAUGCUCCCUUCUUGUUUUCAAAAUCUGUCAAGAUCAUCGUUUUAAUUGUAUUCACAAUUGUCACUUGCUUAUCGCUAAUGGUGGCGCCUUCUGUCGAAGUCGGACUAGAUCAGGAGCUGUCCAUGCCAACCGACUCGCACGUCGUCAAAUAUUUUCAAUAUAUGAGUGAACUUUUGUCAAUGGGUGCGCCUGUGUAUUGGGUGCUGAAGCCUGGCCUAAAUUACACGCUACGCGAUCACCAGAAUCUGAUUUGCGGUGGCGUGCAGUGUAAUAAUGUUUCUGUGUCGGUGAAGCUUUAUCAGCAGUCUCUUUAUCCCGAAAUCACUUACUUGGCGCGUUCAGCUAGCUCUUGGAUAGACGAUUACGUCGAUUGGCUUGCCAUUGGCGAUUGCUGUAAGGUUAACUCUACCGAUGGUACCUUCUGUCCAAGCAACUCAAAAGACGAUGAUUGUGUGGCCUGUGAUCGUGAAUUCUCUGAAGAUGGUUUGCGCCCCACAUCGGAAACCUUCAGAAAAUACAUACCAUAUUUCUUAUCCGAUCUACCUGAUAGCGAAUGUGCCAAAGCAGGACGCGCUUCGUAUGCGGAUGCGGUCAUAUAUACACUGGACGAGCAAGGCGAUUCUGACAUUUUGGACACCUACAUGUUGCAGUAUUCCACCACAUCUACCACAUCGGUUCAAUUCUACACGGCACUUCGUGAAGCGCGUCGCAUUGCCGCCGAUAUCAAUGCAAUGUUUGCCGAAUACGAAUACGACGUGACCAUUUUCCCCUAUUGUGUUUUCUUCAUAUUCUAUGAACAAUACCUCACCAUUUGGCAUGAUGCGCUCUUCUCUCUCGCCAUCACACUAUUGGCUAUAUUCAACGUUACACUACUCAUCACCGGCUUAGAUUUUCCAUCAGCUUUGAUGGUCACAUUCAUGGUGCUGAUAAUCCUGAUCAAUAUGAUCGGCAUGAUGUGGGCAUGGAAUAUUACACUGAACGCAAUUUCGCUGGUGAAUUUAGUGGUAUGCAUUGGCAUUGGUGUAGAGUUCGUUGCACAUAUAAUACGUUCGUAUAAGAAUGAGAAUGGUAAUAAGGAGGAGCGAGCAAGGCAGGCGCUAGUGGUAACUGGAAGCAGCGUUCUGUCGGGUAUUACCCUAACGAAGUUUGCCGGUAUCAUCGUUUUGGGUUUCUCCAAAUCGCAAGUAUUUCAAGUAUUCUACUUCCGCAUGUAUCUCGGCAUCGUUUUAAUAGGAGCAGCGCAUGGUCUCAUUCUGUUGCCUAUUUUGCUUAGUCUCUUCGGACCGGCGAACAGAAAAAACUACAAAAACUUAGAUUUACCUUAAUUUGGGUAAUCUGAAUUAACUUACUUAUGUAUGUAUGUAUGUAGACUUAUUAUUUUAUUAGAGCAUUAGUUAUUUACUCAGAUAUUUAGGUAUACAAAUAUUAAUUAAUAAGGCCCAAGGCAAUGUUGUAAAUUUUUUCAAAGGACAUGUAUUUACAUUCCAGCACAAGUUGGAAUUUGUGUUAAUAUUAA